UGUAGUACACUCACUCAUUCUCUGUUACACUCACUCACAACUAUUCACAAUAAUAUACACUGACCAUUGUUAACCACGUGUCUUGUGUUGACAGAGAGAUGCUGAGGGACCCUGAGCUGAGGUCCAAGAUGAUCUCUAACCCAAUCAACUUCAACCACGUGGCACACAUGGGCCCCGGCGACGGCAUGCAGGUCCUCAUGGAUCUGCCUCUGAGUGUGAUGCAUUCUUCUCAGGACGACCCGGCCAAGGAUAAGCCCCGCCCGCUAUCCAGUAUCUCCCGGCAACAGAGGAGCAAGACCCACAUCACCCGCACGGCCUCUGGAGGUGCAGACUUUGGAGGAGCAGGAUCGUCUCGGAACAUCUCCGACCCAGACGGGGACUUCGAGAGAGAGGUAAAGACCCCAGACACCGCACACACACACUGACUGUACAUUAAAUCACUCACACAUUUACUCAAUCUAUGCCCCUCUCUUUUCCCUGUCCAUCUCCCUCUCUAUCCCACAUUCUCUGUUACAUUAAAUUAAACUAUCUUCCUGGGUAUGAUAACACAUUCUCUGUUACAUUAAAUUAAACUAUCUUCCUGGGUAUGAUAACACAUUCUGUUACAUUAAAUUCAACUAUCUUCCUGGGUAUGAUUACACAUUCUCUGACAUUGCCAAAGCAAACAUUAAUCAUUCAUAUUUCAGUAUGUAUUGUUAAAGGCAUCAGUAUAUGGAACUUUUGUCUAUUGGAAUGCUUUUAAGCCAAAAGGGGUCCCCUAAAUGGACAGAAAUAUUGUCCAGAAAUUACCUAAUUUGAUAGGAAAAUGAUACACCUCUCCACACUGAUGAGCAAAAGCAUAUAAUAUAUAUUGUGGAUAGUCCGAUUAAUAUAAUAGUUUAAAACGUUUACAUGCUUUGCAAGAAGAGCAAUUUCCCUAAUAAUCCUGUUUACAUGGACACAUCAGGCGACUGAUGGGAAUUUUGAUGAAUGCAGAAAAUCACUAAUCAAAAUAAACGUUCUACCACAGUGAUCAUGUUCAUUGCAGUUCUUGACACA